AUGAUGACGAGGGGCGUGUGGUGCUUGCGUCUCUUGGUGCUCGGGCUGGGCGUGGCCUGGCCGUCGGCGCUGGCGUAUCUGCAGCCGGCCGAUUGGGCCCCGAGUGCGCCCUUUGAGCGGCCGGAUCGGAUUUUGACCUCGCCGCUUAGUCAGGAUGGCCUUGCACCCUGCAACCUCGCGGUGGUGUUGGAUAGUCGUCAGACCUUGUCACCCACCAACAAGUCGAUGCCCGAAUGGGCCGCGCAGCGCGGCGUCUGCCACUUUCACCUUGUGAUCCCCUUUGCCGACGUUUUGCUCCAUGAGGUGGAAAAGGAAGCCAUCAUGACCCUUCUCAACACACGCCCCCGUACCACCGUCCUCCUGUACAACAAUAUCAUCGGCUACACCCACGAGCGUUCCAUCGGCAUGCAGUACACCGAGCCCAUCCGAUACGUGAUUGUUGCCGAUCGUGAGCUUCGCGUUGAGGAUCAAAUGGCCAAAAAGCUGUUUGAAGCCAUCACAAACCCACCUGCCGAUCUACCAGGCUACCCUUUGCAAAUCGCUCCCCGCGUCUGGGAGACAUCCCGCCUGAGCGAAAUUCUAUCGGAUCAGUGGCGCCAGCUUGAAUUCAAGGAGCACCUGUUUAUUCGCCAAGCCGACCUGUCGAUUUCCCCAAGACCCGAGUAUGGGUACAUGCUCAGGGAGGACACCCAGAAUCGUUUCGCCAAGCUCCCCCAGUAUGGCGACCUUAUCGAGGAAGCUGUCGCUGAACCUCACAUUUCCAUUUUUGACCGCACUGGCCUCUGCGAGCGCUGCCGAGUUUGCCCAACCGGCCAUUUUGAAUUCGACCCUCUGGCCCGUUCCGCCAAAGAGGAGUGGUCUGUUGCCAUGUCGAUUAUUUACGCGUGCGGCACACAUCACAUUUAUCAUCUCUCAACUGCCGAAGCACUCUUUUAUCGCAACCGCGAUCCAGACUCUAUCGCAACCGAUGUCAUCAAGACGUACCUGGACUUUUUAGAGUCAAAUCGAGACACAGUCUCCAAUCGCAUGAUCCAGUAUCAAUUUGGCUUUGAUUCGGGUUACAGUAAUUGCAACCCCCGUCAAAUGCAGAACGCAAACGCUGCAGCUGAGCUCUAUGUCCACGUGACGGAUGUUCCGCGCUGGCAGCGUCGGGCCUUGGCCCUUGUCAUGCUCAAUUUUGCAGGCAUCAAUCGCUACUAUGUGGAAAAUGCCCCCUCCGUGUACGAUGAACGGGCUGGUCCAUUCGCCCACACUGGUGUGCCGGCCCUGGAGGCCAUCAUGAGCAUGGUUGAUGAGCACCAGCUGCACGUCGUGGCCGCGGCCAACCUGACCGAUUUCCCCAUCGACAGGAAGCCUUAUGAUCCAAGCUUCCUGACCAAGCCAUUUGGGCUCCCGCCCCUGACGCAUGCCAAACCAGCAAUGUCGGAGCGGGGGCCACCUAGCACGUCCACGCGUGAUUGCGUCGCCAAUAUGAAACCCAAGAUGCUCAUGCGUCUUGUCGGACCCCGGGCCUUGGCGGAAGAUAAAAACCUCCGGGCAGCCGCGGCCCUCAUCCUUCCUCUUAGUGGCUUGCUGAACCAAUACGAUGACGCAGUGCAGGAGGGCUAUGUGGACAUGUGGUUUUUGUGUGCCCCCCGCAAGAGCUGGUUCGAGCGUCGAGCGGGCGAUUCCGAUCACAGCUGGGCCGAGUAUGCUGCCAUCAUUGAAGAACAUAUCCACAAGCAGAAUUUGCCUUCCCCACGGAUCUAUUCCAUGAAUCCUGAAACCAUGCAUGACGCUUUGGAAAAGGGUCAAUCAGAGGGCUUGGCCCACCUGGAUCUCUCCCAUGGAGCCUUUCACUUUAGCUUUUUCGUCCACCAGAGCCCUGCUGAGCUGCGGAGUAGCCUUGCAAAUAGUCAGCAGUAG